CGUUUGGGCGCCAGCGCUCGCGGCACCGCGCGGCUCACGAUGCGCGGCGGGCAGGGUGCGGCGCGGGCGCCGGUGCUGCAGCUCACUAACUGCCGCCUGCUGCGGGCCGGGGCGCUGCUCAGGGAGGAUCUGUGGGUGCGUGGGGGCCGCAUCCUGGACCCGGAGAAGCUGUUCUUUGAGGAGCGGCGCGUGGCCGACGAGCAGCGGGACUGCGGGGGCCGCAUCCUGGCGCCGGGCUUCAUCGACGUGCAGAUCAACGGUGGAUUUGGCAUUGACUUCUCUCAGGCCACGGAGGACGUGGGUGCGGGGGUCGCCCUGGUGGCCCGGAGGAUCUUGUCACACGGUGUCACCUCCUUCUGCCCCACUCUGGUCACUUCUCCACCGGAGGUUUAUCACAAGGUCCUUCCUCAGAUCCCCGUGAAGAGUGGUGGUCCCCAUGGGGCAGGGGUCCUCGGGGUGCACCUGGAGGGCCCUUUCAUCAGCCGGGAGAAGCGGGGUGCGCACCCCGAGGCCCAUCUCUGCUCCUUUGAGGCUAACGCCUUCCAGGAUGUGCUGGCCACCUACGGGCCCCUGGACAAUGUCCGCAUCGUGACGCUGGCCCCUGAGCUGGGCCGUAGCCAUGAGGUGAUCCAGGCACUGACUGCCCAUGGCAUCUGCGUGUCCCUAGGGCACUCGGUGGCUGACCUGCGGGCUGCGGAGGAGGCGGUGCGGAGUGGGGCCACCUUCAUCACCCAUCUCUUCAAUGCCAUGCUGCCAUUCCACCACCGUGACCCAGGAAUCGUGGGGCUCCUGACCAGUGAUCAGCUGCCCCCAGGCCGCUGCAUCUUCUAUGGGAUGAUCGCUGAUGGCAUGCAUACCAACCCCGCCGCCCUGCGCAUCGCCCACCGCGCCCAUCCCCGGGGGCUGGUGCUGGUUACUGACGCAGUCCCUGCUCUGGGCCUGGGCAAUGGCCGCCACACGCUGGGGCAACAGGAGGUAGAGGUGGAUGGCCUGACAGCCUACAUUGCAGGCACCAAGACACUGUGUGGCAGCAUAGCCCCGAUGGACGUUUGUGUGCGGCAUUUCCUGCAGGCCACAGGCUGCAGUGUGGAGUCGGCCCUGGAGGCUGCAUCCCUGCACCCUGCCCAACUACUGGGGCUGGAGAAGCGCAAGGGGACCCUGGACUUUGGUGCAGAUGCAGACUUCGUGGUGCUCGAUGACUCCCUCCAUGUCCAGGCCACCUACAUCUCCGGGGAGCUGGUGUGGCAGGCAGAGGAAGCCAGGCAGUGA